AUGCUGACGGCUUCGGCAGCCGACGGUACGUUUCGAAACGUGGAGCUCAUCAACUUGCUGGAGCGGCUUGGUGUGUCGUAUCAUUUUCAAGCUCAGAUAGAAAACCAACUGCGGCUGAUAUUUGAAAAUUCUCUCUCCGAUGUUGCGGAGAGAGAUGGAGACCUCUACUCCGUUUCGCUGGCGUUUCGAGUGCUACGCCAGCAUGGAUACAGAGUUCCUUGUGAUGUGUUUGACAAAUUCAAGGACGUAAAGACAGGAGAGUUCAAGGAAUCUCUGAGGGGCGACGUGAGAGGGAUUCUGAGCUUGUACGAGGCCUGCCACUUGAGGCUUCAUGGAGAGCCCAUUCUAGAGGAAGCCCUAGCCUUCUCAAGGUCCACUUUGCAGCUGGAAGAUUACUCAGCCACCAAUGUUAUAAAACCUCAUUUGGCAGCACACAUAGAAAAUGCACUGAUUUGUCCCUUCCACAAGAGCGCUAGAAGGAUAGAUUCGUGGAGAUUCAUCUCCUUCUACGCUGAGGAAGAAUCGAGAGACAAAACACUCUUGAGAUUCGCGAAGCUCGACUUCAACUUCGUGCAGCUGAUGCACCAAAACGAGCUGGCCUUUGUUUCGAGGUGGUGGAGGGACACGGGUCUUCAAGAGAGGCUGUUAUAA